ACGAAGAAAAAGGAAGAAGAAAAAGCGCGGACUUCCAUUUCAUCAUCCGACUCGACCAGAAGCUCUUUGGUUAUCCAUACCUCCUCUUUGAAAAGGCUACACUAAAGAUGUCUGAUGAGGGUAAACUGUUUGUUGGCGGCCUGAGCUUCGAAACAAAUGAGGAUUCUCUGUCUGCGGCCUUCUCCAAAUAUGGAGAUAUUGAAAAGGUGGAUGUUAUCAGAGACCGAGAGAACGGAAAGUCUCGAGGCUUUGGGUUUGUGAAAUACGAGAAUGUUGAAGAUGCGAAAGAUGCAAUGGCAGCAAUGGAUGGAAAGUCACUGGAUGGACGAACUAUCCGUGUGGAUUAUGCAGGAAGGGGCGGUGGACGUCGGGGUGGUGGCGGCGGUGGCGGUGGCAGCUUUGGGGGUCGUGGCUCAAGAUUUGGCCAGAGUCGCGGGAGAGGUGGCUAUAGAGAGGGCGGAUAUGGUGGAUAUAGUGACCGGGGUUAUCAAAGCAGGGACUACUCUGGUGGAUAUAGGAGUGGUGGUGGCGGGGGCUACAGAGACAACAGGAAUCAAGGAGGGUAUGACCGCAGUGGUGGAUCGUACCGCGAUUCAUAUGACUAUGCUACACACGAGUAAACAUCUCCCUGAUUCAAGACCAUCACUUGGCUGGCUGUAUUUCAAAGAUGCACUCGAAGAAAAAAAUGUCCACGUGUUUGCUGACCUUAGUUCUGUUGUAGCUCAAACAUCCAGAAAUCCAUCCUUUUCCUUGCUUGAUUUGACUUUUUUUGUUUGUUUGUUUUUUGUAAGGAAUUUUAGUGCUCCAGUUUGUGGCUUUUAAACUUCAACACAUGGCUAUGUUGCUCAGCAUCUACAAAUUGGGACUGUUUACCACAUCAUUGUCUCCUCUGCUAUUCACAUUUUUCUUCCUUUAAUUGAAUUAUACCCCCUACUCCCCUCAAGUCAUCACUGAAGUGAGGGAGAAGCAGUUUAGUUUUGUAAGCUAAAGACUCAAGGGGGUUUAUGCUACAUUCUUCUGUACUUUGACAAAAAAAAAAAAAAAAAAAUAGUUCAACCAAGGCUCCUCUCUGUUCAAUUUCCCAAAGAGUGAAUCCCUUUCAGACUGGUGAACUACACAUCCGAAGUGGCCGGCUGUUCAUGAAGUUGCAAAUUGCAGCAUGCUACAGUCUGCCCAAGGUAUCUUAUGUGAUCUGCUCAGAUUUUGAUUUUUGAAAUGUUCUGUAAAAUGGACUCCUCUUGUUUCAGUGAUCUAAAAGUGUAACUUGUCUCGUUUGGGGGAGAAAUUUUUUUUUCUUGUACUUUGUGUUCUUUGUGUGAUCGAUUCUUUUAUUUUAUUUUUAUUUUUUUUAUUUUUUUCUUGGCUUCAUGGAGCCUAUUAAACAAACUGUGGAAAAUAACCUUGAUUCUUUUGCCUUUUACAACUACUGCAUGGGGGAGUUGAGCUGACAGCUGUGAAAGUAACUAAAUAUUACUGUAAUGACUGGGAACACCGUUGUACUACAAUUGGACAGAUUCUAUGCAGGGCUAAUAAUUUGGAAGUAAACUCAAGUUCCAUUUUAGUCAGCUUUGAUCCAAUUGGUUCUAAAUAAAAACUCAUUGGUGUGCCUGUACUUCUAAAUUGCUUUUUUGUUUUUAUAUAACCCUUGGCCCAGUGAACCUGUACUUGUCUCAUUGAAUUUGGCUAACUGGAUUUCACAGACAACAUUUGUCAUGCUCAAUACUGAUGUCAAGCCUCCAGUGAGGUUUGAAUUUAAAUCCUGAAGUGGUACUUGGAAAUGCUGGAAAAUCAUUAGCUGGUGUCUGGUCAUGUUAAUGCUUCAUUGCGUUCAAGAGAUCAGCUACUUCAAAAACCUACAAGUCCUUGGAGAGUGAAGUAUUGCGCCUACCAACAAGUGCUCUUCAGAGAUGAAAGCUGCUCUCUUGCCUAGGUCAUAUGUGGAGAAAGUAGGCAAUGCACGUGAGGUAAAAAUCUUUUGCUUUGCUCACAUCCUUCAGACUCAGUUGUAGUUGUCAAUGUUUCCUUGAAUACCAAA